GGCGUGUUCUACUUCGAUGUGGAUGCGCGUGCCAAUGCGAUCGUGUGCCAGGAAGGAGUGUGUGACGUACGGCGUUGCAGGCUCCCAUCAGCCGGCGUGCCACCAUUGGCUCCCGUAGCUUGCUGUCGCACGCUAGCAAAGACAAAACAGUGAAGACGUGAGCGCGGAUUGUGGAAAUGUGCCUGUACGCAUGAUGUAUCUUGGCUGUCUAUUUGUAUCCUUGUCAGUUGACAAUGCUGGGAUGCGAUUUACCGACCUUGCCUAUCUCGGCAAAAACGACCCUUGAUAGACAAAGGAAUGGUAUGUAGAGGUUAAGAAACAUAACGUUCCGAAUAUUUGACAAAAGUGUUUGCUAUGGCUGAUGAUGACGAUGAUGUGAUAUUUGAGGGGAGAGAACUGCAGAAAUAUCUAAAUGAAAUUGGAUAUAAGGAUUUUGAAGUUGCAAGCCCAAAUGAAUCACUUCCAACAUCUCCUAGAGAGGCGGUGAAUUCCUUUUAUCGUUCAGCUUCAGAUUGGUUGAGGCGUCCAUGGAUAUCAGAUGUAAAGCCAAUGGACCAUAUGGUUCUUUGUAAGCAUAUUGAACUCAUUUUAGAAUGCGGCUUGAUUUUUGAAGAUGAUGUACACUUUGUUAAAAAUGUUCUACCCAGUUCACAAACUGAAAACCAAAUUGCAAACAAGAGAACAUUGAAUAGUGAAGUACUGAACUUGCCUUCCCCUUUUAACUGGCUGACUCAUAGUUUAGGGAAUGAAGUUAUCUGGCCAGUGACAGGAUCCUUAAUGUUUUGUGCUCUAUGGAGUUGGAGGAAAACUCGUCAAAAUGCUCAAAACCUUGUACAUCAAAAAAAUCUCUUACAAGCAAUGAAAGAUUUGUAUGUAGUUUUCUGGAAGUCAAUGAAAUUAUUACAGGAAAAUGAACUGAUAUUGCGGGGAUUUACUCUUGCCAAGACUGGAAGUACAGUAUCUCGCCUUGAAAACUCAGAUCUUCCGUGUAUGAUUCGAAAAUGGGAUUCAUCUCCUGGCCUUCGCAUAGCUGUAGCAAAAACUUUAGUUGAAGCAAUAACCACACUGUCAUGUGCCACUCAACAACUUAUCAGUUACUGUCCAUUGUUUGGUCAGCUGGAUAAUCCAAGUCAUUAUAUGUCUUAUCUUGAUGAAAAAACUUUAGGAUUGCUUCAAGAGGAGGAAGAAUUAGGUGUGAAGCUCAGUCAUUUGAAGAGGCUGCAUCACGUAUUUCUACUUCUUCAGUCAGAAUUCUUAAGGCGAUUAGCUCUCUGUUUCUGUCCUGAACUGUGGAGGUGGCAAUCAUUAAAGCAGGUGAAGAAUGUAAUGCAAACUGUAUGCAAUGUAACAAAAACAGCCUCACAUAUUCAUUCAAAUUUAAUAAAAGAGUAUCAAAUCUUUUAUUCAUAUGGUACCUGUGAAAAGAUUCAAGAUAACGCCCUUCUGCUGCCCAUUCAGAAAUCUGAUUUUUUCAAAACAACGGAUUUGCAAGAUGCCAUAAGAAGUGCUAGUUUACAUCUUCAAGUUUUAUUAUUAAACACUAGGACUUUAGAAGAGAGGUUGGAAAUCAAAGAACAAACUGUACAGGAGAAUGAAGAUCUUGAAGAUGUGAUAACUCACUUAUCAAGUAUAAUCCAAGAACUUGAUGCAUGUCGAAGCUGUUGUGAAGAAGGAAUAAUCCAAAUAAAAAAAUUAACAACUCUUGAAGCAUUGCCAGAACCUGAAGGAAGUGAAAGGAUCAUUGAUAAAAUUGAUAGUAGUGAUGCACCAUUGAAAGUUGUGCAGGUAGGCUAUACAGAUUUAGAUCCUCAAGUGGAAGAUGAAGUUUUUGAAGCUGUAAUAACUGAAGAUAUUGACAGUGAAUCUACAGUUUCAUAUAAUGAGGAUGUUAUUAAAAAUGAACAAAUGCAGUAUGAAAAGGCAAAACAGCUCUCUAAAAAAAUGAUGCAAGAGUUGAAAUCUGUACUUGUUAUCAAAGCACAAAAAUGGAAAGAAAGGGAAGCAAAAGCAUUACUAGCAAAACAAACCUCUCCCGAAUUGUCUCCUAAUAAUGAUCGAUCUUCAGUUAUCUCUGUUGCAACAGCUUCUUGUUCUGCUGUGAUGGUUGCUACGACUUCUGCCACCCAAACUUCUACUAUUGCCACUACCUUAAUUUCUGCCUCUACUGCUACUACCUCAACCUGUGUCUCUCCCACUAUCAGUUUUAAUACAGAUCAAGGAAAAAAUGAAAUUCCAUCAAAAAGUAUCUCGGAGAUGAAAUAUGGUCAGCCUGUUGAUAAAGUCUCUCAAGUUUUGCAUACAAAACCCAAAUCAAGUAGUCUACACAGUAGCCCUCGCAGAAAAGAAAGUCCUCAACACAAGUUAAUUCAUGGAUAUGCAGGAAGUGAAUGUUCUCUGGAACGGUGUGCAGAUUCUCCCGUAUCCAAUGCGUUCUCAUCAUCUAGUUCUCAAACAAUAUCGGGCAGGAGCCCAAAGCAUGUUUACGCUUCUGAAACAUUUAGGCCAUUGCAGAAUGAUUUGCAAUUCAGUGUGGGACUUCAUUUGUCCAACGAUGCUCUUGCCAAGUUUCAAGCUCGUAAUUUAGGAGGAUCUGACACCUUUUCAGGAACCGGAGAGAAAUCAAGUAGUGAAGAGAGUCUAGUUGAAGAUCAAUAGCAUUUUCCUGCGUCAUUUACGCAGGUUAUUAGAAGGAAAGUUUAAAGAUACACCUAAUGUUGGCACACAAGAUAAUGCAAUUAAUUUUAGUGAUCUCAUAUUACACAUAUUCAUGAACUGCAGUUUGUGGAUAUGGUGGAAUGAAAAUGCUCUUGUUAUUUAUCACUGAAUAUAUGAGGUGAAAUUGUUAUUGCUUCUGAUAAUCUUUAAAAACUAGGCACGUCAAUAAGCGAGAUUGCAAUUUAUAGUACUAAUAAAUUUGUUGAAGUAAAAGGACAAACUUGAUGUAGUUCCUAUUAAAUGAAUACUAGUCGAUGUAUUUUGUCUUCAAAAUUUGUGAAACACUGCUUCUCUCUGGUGUGAGAUAUGGUUAUCAAUUUGUAUUUAUGUACCUUGUUUGAUUUUUUUAUUUAAAUUACAUGGCAAAAAAUACUAACCUAAUGGAGCAAUGUGAAUGUAAGGAUAUCUAACAGAAAUUAUGCUUUAAUAAUGCAUAAGAUAUUUACCGCUGUUAUUAAUUUCCACACCUAGAGCCACAGAACUGCUGAACUUAUUAGACUUACUAGACUGAGUAAACAUAAACUUUUAAACGAGUAAACAUUUUUCAAUUUUUAUAAUUUUUUAAUUUUUACUUUUAUCUAUGCCCAGGUCUUAGUUCAAAGAACUUAAUUGUUGUUUUAAGUUUAUUUACUUUCUCAACCCAUAUAAUUAUUUCAGUUGUGUAUAUUUGUAAAUAUUUUUGUUUUAAUUGUUAUGUCUGAGUAGGUUGGUGCAGUAUUAACAUUAAAAAUGAAUACUGUUACUAGGUAAAAGCACAAAACAUUUAUGCAGUUAAAUGUUGUAUGAAUGAGAUUUUUAAAAUUACAAAUUUCUUCAUAACCCAACUUUUCAGAAGAGAGAAGUGUUAUUUUAUGAAUACUUUCAAAAAGAACUAAAAUAAUAAAUAUUAAAUUAAAUGCAAAUGAUGUCACAUUCUCUUGUUCCCUACUUCCAAAAAUGAGAAAUAUUCAAGAAAAUAAAAUUUUGUUGGGUAAAGAAUUACUCUAAGUUGUAUCAAAGGUCAGAAGAAAUUCAGUUGGCAUAAUUAGUAUUGUGUUGUUAAUAAUCGAGCACAAUGUGUUGUUUGUUUAAUAUGGCCAAGUUGUUUAUUUCAAGUAGAAUAUUAAAUAGUCAAAAUCUGUAAUUAGAUUCAAUGACAUUUUAAGCUUCCAACACUAUACAUGGCCUUCAUUGCAGUAUUCUCUAAUCAUUUUGUAGUUAUGAAUGCAAAUAGCCUAAUACAGUAGAUCAAAAUGCUAAAGAGGUGCACAUCUAAAAGAGGGCUUGAAGUGAUUGUGUGGAUUGUGACCUUUGUUUUGAUUGCAUUUAUGUUCCUUUCGAAAUAUACCUGAAAUAAAAUGCUUCGGCGGUGAGUAAAAAGUUGAUUAUUAUUUUGUGAAUGUGUUAGAAAAUUGUAAGACUUAGAAAUGUCUGCAGUGCAAAAACAAAAGUUUGAAUGAAAGUUAUAGAUAUAGACCGUCAUCCGCACAACUAUUUUAUAAAAAUGGAAAACAAUAACAUGUUAUUUAGAAUUCUCAUGUUCUUUUCGUUGUUCAUAUGACUUUCAAGUUACACUGUAAAGUAUAGUUUUGCAAUACCUCAAAGUAAAUUUAUGCUUCUGAAAUAUUGAGGCUCGUAAAUGACACUGGGGGACUUACUUGUCCAGCAAUGCUCUUGUUAAGUUGAAGCUCAUAAUUUACUCUGUAAAUGACAGGCAACUUAUUUGAGUGAUUUUAAAAGGGUCGACUUAUUUCAAUUUUUAGCAUGGCAUUGAGAGCAAAUCUAUUUCUAAAUAUAUAAAAAUUUGGAAAGCAAAAAUAUUGCUAAAGAGAAAGAAAUUCAAAGAAAUAUUCUAUGAAUAAAUCAUAAAAACGAGUACUUUUUUUUUUAGGGACCAUCGCAAAAAUUAUUAUAAGCGCAUGGUAAAUGCUGAGCUCGCAUUUUUUAAAAAUUUUUCUUUGGCAUCUUCCCUGAUCUGAAUCUGGGCAAAAGGAAGCUAAAUUCUUUCUAACAAUUAUACUGACACAAUCAUUCCUCCAGAUUCUGACCAGAAUGUGCUCAUACUUAUUGGGAUAUGUUCUCCUCUUGUGUAAGUCUUUCCAAUCAGAAAAAUGUCGAAAAUGAAUUCUUACUUAUAAGAAGCAUCAUGGUGCAUAGUUCCUGAUAAUUUUUCUUUCUCUUUAAAUAUGUAAGUCCGUAUACUGUUUGCAUGCUUAAUAUAUCACUAUUCAGAAUCAUAUUUGAACAUUUCAUUAUACUUUAUAAUGCCAGUCUGGUAGGCAAAAGGCAUUAUGGCUGUUAUUAAAUUUUUCCAACUAACUUCCUUUUUGUGGCUUGUACACGUUUUUAUUUGUAGUAUAUUCCAGUCAUCACUGAAAAUGUGCAUCUCCGUUAGCUUAACUUGUAGUAAAACAAAAAAAAUAAAUGCUGCUAGGUAUUGUGGUUAUUCCAUAUCUGUGUAACACAAUAUGAAUUAGUACUCUGAAAAAUUUUGUUGUAAACUAUGUAGAAGUAUUCCCUCAACAUAGAUUGUCAUGUUAAUUAUGGUGAAAAAUGUUUGGUUACAUCAUAUUCUUUUGAUAUCAUUUAUUUAUUCUUGAAGAAUCUGAUCUAAAAUAUCAAAACUACGGUUGAAUGGUUCAGAUUGCAAUUGAAAUAAAGAGUAUUUCCAUUAUGAUUCAGGAUAUGAAUGAUAUGAAAAACAUUUUCUUUAUGAACUGUUGGAUCUUUCUAGAAAUGUAUUUUUUCAUCCUAAUUGGCACAUCAGUUUCAAAAUGAAAUUGAUGAAAUCACUACAGUGCUCUUAAAACAUCUUUUGGUGACUCCUGUUAUUAUGUUAAACAGUUUUUUUGCAAAUAAAUAUUUGAGAUGUUGCACAUGUGUGUUCUCUGCUAAAUCCUGUCCUGAAUGAUUACAGCUUUUAAGUGGUUACAGUAGCUCUUUGAUACAGUUACAUAGAUCCUUAAAUGUCCUUUCCCCACUGAAAAGUAAUACAUAAAUGGUGGUGUGUAUUUCUAAAGAAAAUUCUAAUUGCAUGCAAAUGAAUGGAAAAUAAAUUUAAUUGUUAUACUAUUAAAUAUUAUUAUGGUAGUAGUAUUUAGACCUUGUCAGUCUGCAGAUUAAAGCAAGAGAAUCAUGGAAUGAAUAAGCUUUUCAGACAUUGCUAAUAAGUGACAUUAAUUGGAAGAGAUGAAAAGAUUAUAAACAGAACUGUUGAUAGCCAUAGCUUUUGUUUUUAUUAUUUUCAUUUUUGUGAAAGCUUAUUACAAAAGAGAUCUCAUUCAGUAUUUAGGAAUUUUCACAACCAAUAAUGAAGUAGAGUAUUUGAAAUAUACAUUAUUGCAUUAAAUUCAUAGAAGGCACUACAUGUAGCAUGUGUGGAAGUAAAAUUUCAACAAUGUACCAGUCACACAAUGAGAUAUGAUGAAUUAAAUAAGCAGAACAAUAAAACUUUUAUGAAACAUUCAGUAAUAAAAUUCGCAUAAAAUGAAUGAAUGUUGUUGUUUUUGUUUUUUUAAAUUAGCAAGCUUAUUUCAAUUUUGACCUGUAAUUCUGAAGAGCAGGUCACUGAUUUAUUUUGUAUGUAUAUUGCAACGUUUUCAUAAAAUACUAAAAUCACUCACAGUUUACGUGGGUGACAAGUUUCAAAUAGUUCGUGAAAAUGUGAAAAUACAUUGAAACCUGUUCAACAAUAAGGGAAGAAUUCAUUGGAAUGCAUAACAUUGAUAUUUAAAAUCUAAUAUAAAGGUAAUUGCAAAAUCCAGUGCUUACAUUAGAAAUUAACCUUCAUAUUGGAGGUACUUUCAGCUAUUGCUACAGUUUAUUAUAAUUUGAUGACCUAAUACUUUCAAAACCUUCGUCCUUGAAUCAUAAGCAUUAUUGCAAGAACUUGGACAUUUGUAUUUGAGAAUAUGUCUUGGAAGAUCAGAGGCAUUAAUAACAUUGAUACGGAUAUGAACUAUCUUUAAAGUUAAGCAAUUCUUAAAUUUUGUAAUAUUUGUUGGUAGUAUCUUCAAAAGGAAUAGUUUUGAAAAUUCAUUUUCUGCUCAUAAAAACUUAAGAAAUAUGAAUUUCAUUUUUCUUUGAACAUUUAAGACUAAACAUGAUCAGAAUAAAAUACUUAAUUUUCAUCAGAACAAGAUGUCAUCAAAAAUUCAAUACUUUAAUAAAAAAAAUUGUUUCCAUUAUUGAGAGUAUACUUUAAAAGAGCCAUAAAUGUUUGUAAAGCUGUAUCUACAUCAUGUUAAAAAGUGUUUAAAGUAGUACAUUUUUGCGGACAAUGUCAGUUGAAUAAUGAAAUAAAUAGUAUUUAAUGCAAAAGAUUAGACAAUAUUCAGAAAGCGUAACAAACAAAAACCAAUUAUUUUUUUAUCACUCAAAGAUCCUUUUUAAUUUGAGUGGCCAAAUUUUUGAGGUUUUUUAUAAUAUACCUGUGACACACGAUACAAUGUGUGUUCUAAUUAAUAUAAUUUAUAACUUUGCUUGCAGCGACCACGAUUUUGUGUACAAGUCUGAGGAAUUUUAGAAAUUUGUUGACUGAAUGUUUUGUAUUUAAUUUUGAGACCAACUCAAGUUAAAAAGAAAAAUAUUUCAGUUACGUUAGAGUAAGAACAAUGGAAAAAGUAUCAGCAGAUUAAAAACGUAAGUCACCAUUCCAUUCCAGAAAUGUUGAGUAUGCGAGAGUUGUGCAAAUUUUACAAUGCUUCCCCCCAAAAAUUACAGAUUUUUAUUGGAAACUGCGUAAUUAUCCUUAAAUAUAUUUAAAGUACCAUUUUAUCAACAAUCACACUUUAGAUUGCUCAGAGCACAGGUUAACAAUAUUGCAGUACUUGAAUUAUAUUUUAACAAAGAAUUUAUAUUGUAAUAACAUUCAUAGAUCAACUCAAUUUAUCUGAGCAACUUAAAUUAAAAUAUAUUGUCUGCAUUUAACUCUAUAAUAAUGUAGAUUUUUUCUAUGUAACCAGAAAUAAUUCAAAUGACUGCAGAAGCUGUUCCAUCUUGUAGCCACAUUCAUGGAGGUAUUUCUUCAUAAGAAUGCAGAUGAGCCACAUUUGUAUGCAACAGAAGGCUGGCUUUGAAACUCCUGAAGGUCCCACCAGCAACAAAAUACGCAAUUAGAG